UCUGUGACAUUUCCAAGGCACUGUUCGUUUUCUGAUACGAAAAUAUCAAUAAUGAUCAAUAUUUCAAGUGAAGCAGCAGAGGCGAUAAUAUUUCUAUAAUAUUUCGCUCCAUCUUAAUAUAAAACUUUGAGGAUGUGUGAUGUUUGUUCCGAGUUUUCACAUCUUUUAGUGAAUUGUGAAACGCGAUUAACCGAUGAUGUGUCCCAAUACCCAAGUAUAAGCCAACCUGAACUGGAAGUACUUCUAAAUUACAUUCUUUCGUGGCCACAAAGGCAAUGUAUGUGCUGUUACCGAGAUGUAAAAAAUUUUGAGAGGUUUUAUUUAGUGGUCCAAAGUGUAUUAUGUUUGUCUGUUUGUCAACUGAAGUUGUUAAAAGAUGAGUUAAUAGAAGCCUCAAAGACCCCUCCCGCCGAUGACAAAAAAGUGACAGAGAAGCAAACUGAAACUUCACCACCUACAACUGAAAAUAAGCAGGAAAUAAAAGAUCAAGAAAUAGAAGAUGCAGGAAAUAAAGUUGAUGAACAUGACCAACCAACUGAAGAUAGCACUAACAAUCAAAAUUCUUCAAAUGAUACAGAAACAUGGUCAAUGCAGCAGAAAGAAAAGCUCAUGCAUAUUGUUUCCAAGAUUUUUCUCCUCAAUUUUCCAUUAUAUUUGGCGUGUAAACAUUCAGCAUUGAGCCACUUGGAAAAUCUAUCAGCGCAAGAAAUAUCAAAUUUAAGUUCGUACUGUGACCUUCACGAUACUGAAAUACCUGCCUAUCUGUUGAGAAAUGUCAGCUUGUUUUGUAAGCUGGGUGGUGUUUGUGCAAUGACUUCGGUUUUUGAACAUGCUACGCCUACCACUCUGCCACUGUCGAUGGCACAUGCUGUUGUGGCUGCAGUUGGGAACUUGAAGUUAUGGCUGAAUUUCAGAGCUGUAGCACAAUUGUUUAUGCCAUUGAGAAGUAAAAUACUAAAAUACAUGUGCAGCUUGGAAGAUAAAGACUUAAGGGUUCCUGCUGUUAAGUCUAUGGCUGAUUUUAUGUGGGGUGCGGCCAAAGAGCCUUUGGAUGCUCCAUUAGCUUUCGAUGGAGAUGGAUUGGCACUGGCCUUUAAGUACUUCAACAGCAGUACUCUCACCAUGCGUCUGGCUGGCGUUGCUCAAAUCAACGCUCAUAUUACUGCCCAUAACGAACUGUGUGCGGGGGAACCAGCAGCGGAUGCGGAACUGGCUGGUCAACAACUUGCCACAUGGUUAACUAAUAACAAUAUCAUUGAACAUUUGUUUGGACCAAAUUUACAUGUUGAGGUGAUAAAGCAGUCGCACAUGAUCCUAAAAUUCCUAGCAGUGGAGGGUCGUGUGACACCCGAGCAUGUGGAGCUGGUGUGGGCGGCGGCCCAGUUGAAACACUGCGGCCGACAGGUGUACGAUCUACUGCCUGGCUUCAUACGGGCCUUAGCUCCUAAGCCCUGCACACAUCUGUAUAGCCUUUUGUGCGCUUUACCACCAAAGGAACACACAGAACAGAGUCUAUACUUGGCGUCUGCACUGAUGCGUGCGAUGUGGGCGCGCGGCGGUGGGGGCGCGCUGGGCUCCCCACCACCACCGGACGAGCCUCGUCAGCCGCCCCCCACCUGCAAGCCCCACCACAACUCCUCAUCCGAGGCUAGCGUCAGCAUGGACCAGACCAACUCUGAUGAUGAUCCGUGUGAAGAACUAAGUACAUCUGGGGAAGAAGCUGGUCCAACACCGAGGAAACAAAGCAAACAUCAACGUGAAUUGACUGCCGAACAAGAAUGGCUUCGUGAAGGAGAAGAAUUGACUAAGAAAGAAUGUUCUACGCUUAAAGCUUGUCAAAAACGCAGCAAGCGCGCGGGCAGCAGCGGCAGCGCGAGCAGUGGCGCGGAGGAACUGCUGCGCCCGCGCAAGAAGAAGCUGUACAAGAAGCGACACAAGCCCGGCAAGGCGAGGCACUUCCUAGGGAGUCAGCUGAAGACGGCAGAGUUGGCGGAGUCUGUGUCCGAGGUGGAGGAGGAAUCCUCCGGCAGCGACACAGCGCACUGCCAACUACUUUGCGACAAUGUUGAUGCUAGAAGACUGAUGGAGCUGCGCCUGAUGGAGAGCUACAAGCGGCGCGAGGAGGAAGAAGGUAGCGCCUCCUCCGCCGUGUCCCCGCACUCGCACCGCCAUCUGCCGGAUCUUGAUGAAGACGACUCCGCCUGUGAGGAGGAACUAGCCCGUCUGGCUGCGCAGGCUCAAUGCCUGACGGAGUACCGCGGAGCUGGACGUCCGCCCUCACCUGCGGCGCCGCUGCCCUUCAACGUGGACGAGGUAUGCAGACCUGGAAACACAUUGCUCUGGGACCUGCUGCAGGACGGCGCCAUUGAGCAACUGGGUGAAGGUCUCGCGUUGGAGGCGGAAAAAGCUCUCUGUGCGUUGCUGUGCUUUAGCACUGACAAGUUUAUACGUAUCAAGUUUAUUGAAGGUUGCCUUGACAACUUAGCUAAUCAUAGAUCUGUGGCAGUGUCGUUGCGUUUGUUGCCAAAACUGUUUUCAUCAUUUCAACAGUUAAGAGGAAUGGAUAUGCAUCAGGUGGUGAUGUGGGCGGAGCGUGAGCGUGGUAUGAUGCGUCUGUUUGUGGAGGAUUUGCGUCACUACACGCAGAGUGCUCGCGGUGCUGGUGACGCUGCUCACUACGCGCACAUCACAGAGCUCACCGUGCGUCUGCACUUCCUCACUGCUAUAUUCUCACCGGUUGGCUCCCCCCAGCACUUCAGGUUGACGGUGGAGCAGGUGGAGGAGCUGUGGCAGUGCCUGGUGGUGCGCGGCAGCAGCGAGUGCGCCGACUGCCUCUACUCGUGGCUGCUCUCACACACCAAGUCGCCGGAACAGCACGCUCUCGGACUCGACGCGUUGCGUUUCUUAUAUAUCGAGAAGAUGCCCACAUUGGAUCCUGAGACUAUAAGCAUAAUGGGUCUGAGCCUGUACCAGCAACUGUGUAACUUGGCGCGCAUGGCUCUAGGGUCCGGCGAUUCACGUGAUGCUGCGCACCCGCACACACUUGCGAUGGAUCAUCUGUGGAAGAUCGCACUUAGAGCCAACAGCACAGAUGUUUCAAUGGGCGCUAUCCAGUACCUUAACAGUUAUUACAUGGGCCAACAACUACAACAAGAAGAUGACUUCGUCUCGAAAUGCAUGUUCCAUCUGUCUUCAGCAGCGGAGAGAUUGAUCUCAAAGAGUCAUGGUACGGAGGAAAGGACAUUAACUCCAGCAGAGGAUGAUGUAGAGAAGAAAGAAAAGGAGAAAACUGUCGACAAACAAAACAUUUACGAACAUAUGACAGAAGAGGCGGCGCUGCAAUGUAUACAGAGGGCGCUACUUUUGCUUAAGACACAUUUGGAUACAUUCAAAAGAAGGUAUGCAUAUCACUUGCGUCGCUGGGCAUUAGCGGAAUCUGGUGCAUGGGAAGGGUGUGGGGGUACGGGCACAGUGCGGCUGACGUUGCAACCCGCGGGUGCUGGACCUCGCGCCACCAUAUCCCUGCACCAAGCGGACCUGGUGGCACACCUGCGCGCUCACGUUCACGUGUGGUGGGAGAAACAGAUACAAGGUGAAGAGGGUGUUACUGCAUUGUCGACGGAUGGCCCUUUGCGAAUGAUAACUCAAGGUCAAGAACUGACAAUUGACUAUGAUGAGAGAACUUUAUAUGACAUGGGGUUUAAGGAUAAUCAACUGGUGUUCGUGUCAGUGGGCGUGGGUGGGCGUGGCGCGUGGGCGGAGUGGCCUUCAGCCCAGCCCGCACCGGCGCGAGCGCGCCUGCCCACGCUGCUGCUGCUCGACCCCACUUACUUCCACCAGUUGUUCACGCUCAUGCAGGCGCUGGGACAGAUGAAGGAGCCUGGUACUAAUGGGGAACUUGUAGCGCACACAAAAGCGCAGCUGUUAUCAAGACGUGUCUGGGAUAUUCUCCAAGCGGUGCCAUUAAAUCCGACUCUACUAGAGGCCUUCCAAAAUCCCAUAGAGAGCAAGUUACCCGAAUUACUAGACCCGACCAGUCCACAAAAGCUCAUGUACUCUCUACAUAUUAUUGAUAAACUCAGCUCAAAUAACAAUGGUCCGAAUGUAAAAGAUUUGCCCGAAAUUAUCGAGAAGACUGAAGAAGAAAAAGUUGCUGUUGAAAAUUGGAAUGAUCUUUUUAUAAAGAAGGGUGGAUUGAGAAUACUCUACGACAUCAUGAUGUCAGGUGUAUUACAACGCAAUGACGACAGCGAGUGGAGACAGGACUGUCUCGCUCUAUUGCUGCAGCUGCUCUGCCGCAUUGGUACCUUGCCUACCUCCGACUCUGCUCAGACUCCUAAGUUACAUCCCGCUUUAUUAUCUCUGAUGAGUGUAGAAGAGACAACUGAAAGAUUGAUAUCAAUAUUGUGCGAAGCGGCCGCUGUCAAAGAACCCACUACAUAUAAAACAGGCUUCUGGGGCAGGGCUCAGGUGGUGCAACAUGCGAUGCGCAUGUGCGUGUGGUGGGCGCGGGGAGGGGGCGAUGCGGUGACACUAGCGUGGUCACUACGUCGCGCUGCGCCACGCCUCCUACUAGAUGACGCCGAUCCAGCGGUGCGUCGUGAGGCCGGCGGCGCUCUGUACCGGUUGUGUGCAGGCGGCGAAGUUGCGGUGCUGGCGCCGUUACUGCAGCUGCUGCUGGAGCACCUCCCUCGCGCUGCCGACAUGCGCCCGCAUCACGCACACCACCACACCCAACAUCACGACGUGGUACAUCAUCAUGCAGAAGAAGGCAAGGAGCCUUACGGACCCGCGUGUCGGGACUACUUUUGGCUCGUCUGUAGGCUGAUUGACGGACUGCCAGAAGAUUUUUUUAAAGAUGGCGCUACAUCUGAAGACAGCGGUGCUCCGGAUCUGAACGAGCUCUGCGAGCAGAUCAGAUCGUCUUUAGAGAAGAGGGAGAUAAUAGAGAAGCGCAUGGAACCUUGCACGCCUGAUGACGGUCUUUACGGCCAGCUGAGCCUGCUAACACAUCUGCUGAAGCACCCGCUCAGGUUCAAGACGUCGGAACAGGGAACGAGGACCUUGGAAAUGGUGUUUGGUUUUCUAUUCGACGUACCGAAUCCGGAUCAACGCAAGCUACCUAAAUGCAAGUCUCAGAAAUCUCGCGCUGCUGCGUACGACCUGCUGGUGGAGCUGGUGCGUGGUGCGCCUGAUAACUACAUGGUGCUGCACAACAAGCUCAUGGAACAUCAUAAACCUGGGCCACAAUCAGGUUAUCCAUGGGACUACUGGCCAGCGGAGGAGUCGCGGUCAGAGUGCGGUGCUGUGGGUCUGACGAACCUUGGCGCGACAUGCUACAUGGCGUCGUGUAUGCAGCACCUGUACAUGAUGCCGCAGGCGCGCGCUGCCGUACUCAGUGCCGACCCCGCUCACAGUCGGCACGCGGCCACCCUGCAUGAGAUGCAGAGAAUGUUCGCUUAUCUCAUGGAAAGCGAAAGAAAAGCUUACAAUCCUCGUAGUUUCUGCAAGGUGUACCAGAUGGAUCAUCAGCCCCUGAACACUGGCGAGCAGAAGGACAUGGCGGAGUUCUUUAUCGACCUCGUGUCCAAGCUGGAGGAGAUGACGCCUGAGUUGAAGAAGUUGGUCAAGACUCUGUUCUGUGGCGUACUUAGCAACAAUGUUGUGUCUUUGGAUUGUCCACACGUGUCCCGUACCCUGGAGGAGUUCUACACGGUGCGCUGCCAGGUGGCGGACAUGCGCAACCUGCAUCAGAGUCUUGAUGAAGUGACGGUCAAGGACACGCUGGAAGGUGACAACUGCUAUACUUGCUCGCAGUGCUCCGCCAAAGUGCGCGCUGAGAAGAGGGCGUGUUUCAAGAAGUUACCUCGUAUACUAUGCUUCAACACUAUGAGGUACACUUUCAACAUGGUGACGAUGCUGAAAGAAAAGGUCAACACGCACUUCUCCUUUCCCAUGCGGCUCGACAUGUCCGGAUAUGUGGAGAAACAUCUCAUGCCUGCGCAGUAUCAAGAGGAAAAAAGAAAAUCAGAGGAAUUAAAGAAGGAUUGUGAAGAGAGUGCAGAAAGUGAGGACAACUCUGAGUUUGAAGAACACUAUGACUACGAGUUGAUCGGCGUGACGGUACACACGGGCACAGCGGAUGGCGGCCACUACUACUCGUUCAUCCGCGAGCGUGACCGCGAACACGCAGACCGCUGGCUGCUGUUCAACGAUGCCGAAGUCAAACCCUUCGACCCGGCACACAUUGCGGCCGAGUGCUUCGGAGGCGAGAUAACCAGUAAAACGUACGACUCGGUGACGGACAAGUUUAUGGACUUCUCGUUCGAGAAGACGAACAGCGCGUACAUGCUGUUCUAUGAACUGAGCCCGCCCCGGCCGGCGCGUGCUAGUGACAGCGGUGGACCUGACGAGCCACAGUCUUCAACUGCGGAUGAGUGCAGCGCGAGUACCAGUGAGCAGCUGGAGCGGCGCUGCGACACUGCGCCAGCGGUCACCCUCCCGCCAGACCUGCUCAAGUGGAUCUGGGACGACAAUAUGCAGUUUUUACACGAUAAAAACAUAUUCCAGCACGCUUAUUUCACGUUCAUGGGUCAGAUGUGCAGUUCGGUGCCGCAGUCGCUCCUCACCCUACGGCCAGAGGUGACUGAAGUCGCCGCACGACUUUCCACAUCGUUCUUCAUUGAAACAUUUAUACAUGCUAAAGAAAAGCCGACUAUGGUGUCGUGGGUGGAACUGGUGACGAAGCAAUUCAACGCGUCAGCAGCUGCCUCCGAAUGGUUCCUUGGUCAUAUGGCGGACGAUACCUGGUGGCCUAUGCAGGUGUUAAUAAAAUGUCCGAAUCAAAUGGUGCGUCAGAUGUUCCAGAGGCUGUGUAUGCAUGUAAUUCAAAGGCUGAGAUCUAGUCAUUGUGCCCUGUACCUGCAGGGUAUGGAGGAGGGCGAAGAUAAUAGUAAGCUGGGCGAAGCGAGUUGUGUUACUAGGUUUAUAAGGAUGUUAUUGUCGUUGAUGGAGAAUGGUGCGAGAUCUCACUUGCGCCAUCUGACGGAGUAUUUCAGUCUGCUGUACGAGUUCAGCAAGAUGGGGGAGGAGGAGGGAAAGUUCAUGCUGCGCAUCAAUGCCAUCUCUAGCAUGGUCAGCUUUUACCUCGGACAGAACACCGCCACGGCGGAUUCUCCUAUUGAGGAGGCUUGCGGUAGCGCAGGCAGUGGUGGCAGUGGUGGUAGUGGUGGUAGCGGUGGUAGCGGAGGUAGCGGUGGCAGCGGCAGCGGCGGUGGCGCGGAGAGCGGGGACAAGUUGCGGCCCGGCGCCCUGGACAAGAUGGUGGCGCUGGUCGCCGGACUGGUGGAGCGGUCGCGCGACGCUAACGGACACCUCGCGCUGCCCGAGUCUGAUGCACGAGCUUUACUUCAUGCCAAGGGGUUUCCCUUUAUCUACCAACAGACUCGCGACUGUUUAAACUUGCAACAGACACGGUCGCUUAUCUUCGCACUCUGCCGCUGGAACGAGGCGCUCGCGCAGAAGAUCAUCAACAUGAUAUUUCAAGCGAUCGCUAAACAUUCACAAAGCUGCGGGGCGCUGUUCAAGCUGCUGACGCUGCUGGUGGAGGGCAGCGGUGGCGGCGCGGGCGCGACUGGCGGCCUUCCCUGCUUUACGCAGCUGGUUCUUCCGCGCCUCUGCGACGCCGUGGACGUCUGUCCCCACGCAGCCCUCGAAUGGCUCGCCUUACAAGUGCCUCGGAACAAAGCGGCGCACGCUUGGGCGCUGCGCACGGCUGAGCGGUGGGUUGAGGCACAGCUGUUGGCAGCGCCGGCGGCGCGAGUGCGCGCUGCGGCCGCGCUUCUUCUGGUGGCACUGGUGCCAUCUCAGCACUUCCGCGCAGGGUAUGCGCGCACGCGCCCACAGCCCGCGCCCACUCACCAUCUCGCCAAGCUACCAGAUACUGCGCAUCAUACGUUGCACCAGGUGUACACGAUGCUGCUGGGCAAGCUGAAGGCGGCGCGAAAGUACACGGACAUCGCGGUGCACGGCACUAUGAAGCUCACUGCGUACUUUGGCGUCAUGUCUUACUGCGUCGUCAGUCGUGUUGAGAAACUUAUGUUCGGUCAGUAUUUCAAUGACCUAUGGGACCUUUACCACCCGGCGAUCAGCGAGCCCUCUGUGGCGGUACAUCCCAACAAGCAGGCUCUGCUCACCUUCUGGCACGCUGUCUGCAUCGACUGCCCGGAGAAUGUGCAGCUCGCCAUCGCCAACCCGCGACUCAUCAAGCACAUCGCAUUCAACUAUAUACUCGCUGACCACGAGGACGGCGAGGUGGUGGCGUACAACCGCGCGAUGUUGCCGCCAUACUACGCGCUGCUGCGGCUGUGCUGCCGGCGCUCCGCCGCCUUCGCGCGCUCGCUGGCCCAGCACCAGAAUAUACACUGGGCCUUCCGCAACAUCGCACCACACGCUCAUCUCUACCCUGGCGCCGCUGACGAACUGCUCAGACUGGCUCGCAUCUUGGCGGCGCGCGGUGGUGGGUCUGGUGGUAGCGGCACCGAGGGCGUGGACAGCCGCGAAGCCGCCGCUUUCCGUCGCAGCACGCUCUCCGCCUACUUACAGGGUUUAAAUGGAAGGACUUGUUGGACGACGUUAAUAUCAGCUUUCUGUACAUUAGUGGAGAACGAAGAUGAUAGACUGUAUGUUGUGUACAAUGGAGGCUUGCAAAUGACUUUUGAGGCUCUACACAGUCUGCAUGCGGUGUACGUGGAGGGCGGCGGUGUGGGCGUGGGCGGUGGGGGUGGGGCUGUGCGCGCCGAGCUGACCGCGGCGUUGCGGUGGGCGCGCGCACUCUGCCGCACGCUGCGCACGCGCCGCGACGCCAAGGAGGCGCGCGCGCUACUGCUCGCCUGCAAAGACUGGCCCGAAUGCGCCAGGCGGCUGCUCACCAUGCUCAACCUACAUCAAAGGCUCAGUCAUUUACGGCUCGCGGCGCUUGGCGUGCUGCGUGAGUUGGUAUUGAUAGGUGGCGGCGCUGCGCUCGGUGCACUGGUGCCGCUGGCUGCGGGUGCGCACGCGGCUGUGCGCGGCGCAGCUCGGCCGAGGUCGCGCACACCACUCGCCGCGCACUGCACGUCACGCACCCCGGCGACGCCUCAUACCCCACUCGCGCCAGUUUACCGACCUUACCACAAGUUUAUAGACACGUGUUGUCGCGUAGCGCGCAGUCAGCGCUGCAUGUCGGAGCAGCUGGUGCUGCUGUCAGCGCUGUGCGCGCUGGAGGCGGCGCCUCUCAAGUUCAACUACUUCGCAGCAUUCUGGCGUGACGUCGCCAACACACCGGCGGAUGCGAAACUUGAGGAGAUGUUGUUGGAGUGCUCGGUGGUGACGGAAUACGUGGACGCCGUGCUGCUGGACGAGCGCGACUCACUCGACGACCCGGCUAUACACGAGUUCAUGCAGCACUACUACCCCAAGCUUUGCGGUAUGUCGAGCUCGUCCGUGGCGUCUGGCUCGUCGAGUGUAGCGAGUGGAUCUGGCGCUGGGGGUGCAGGUGUGGCGGGUGCUGGCGGGACGACGAGCGCGGCGGGUGCGGCGUGCGCGGCGGAGGCGCUCGCCGAGGAGCUUGCAGUGUCGGCAGUGCGCUCCCCGCUCUCGGCACUGCUGGGCGGAGUGCGCGCACUCACACUGCUCGCGCAUCAGACGCACCGCACCGCCGCCCUCUCCAGGGCCUUGCAGCGUGCCACCGCCGCACUGCAGCAACGUCUGCUGCGGGCCACCGACGAAGAAAACUCUGAGCCGGAAUUGAGUACGGAGGCAUCAGAGCCGGUGCAGUGUCCAUCGGGCGAGGGCAGCGACGCGGAGGCGGAGACGGACGAUGUGGGGGAGGAUAUGGUGGCGGAGGUGGAGGCGGAAGCGGAGGAGUCGCCGGAGGAGGAGCCGCCGCCGCAGCAUGAGCGCGACCGCCUCGCCCGACUCACGUUGGCCGUGCGCGCGCUAGCUGCCCUCUGCCCACCUCGCCCACCCGACACGCCCCCCUCCGCCCUCGCACCCGCGCCCUCCACCGCGACCUAGUGCCCUCUCGACCUGCGCUUGUGUCUGCGAUAGACACACCUGCAGUGCUAUGGACGCAUGUGACAUUCUCUGAGAGAGACAACGAGAGUAGCUCCACGAUAACGAGCCUCAAUGUCUACACAUAAUUAGUGCUGUGAAAGUCUUGUAUGACCUGACUUGACUGCCACUUAAGAAAGAUUGCCUACCUUUUAGACUCUCUAAGCGUUUGUCUACUAUACGUGCAAUAGACUCGUUUACGUUACCUGGCAGUAUGAAGUUUAUCUCUUUUUGAGUAGUUUUGUCUAAAUCUAUGACAUAAUUUUGGAAUGCUUGUAUCGUGUGUCUGUGUUAGUUGUACUAUGCGCAAGACUCGUGUCCUGUGACGUCACAAUGCCCUUCUUGUAAGGCAUACAAGAAUGACAUUGGUGGUAUCAUGAAAUAAUUCAAUGGCACAUUAAACAUAGUGUAGCAUAGCUAUAUUGUUUGCUGUACAAAUAUAAUGUGUUGAUAGUUGAGUGCCAUUUUCAAAUGAAUCGUAUGUUAUUGUGCAAAAGUGAAAUUUUAAACGUCUUGGAGAAAAUUUUAUAUCUCAAAAUAAUAACAUUUUAAUGUUUUCCCUUUGUGACGUUGACCUCGUCAAAUGUAUAAAAAUUUCUUACGAAAUCAGCGUAAACGAGAGAUAUCAAACAUUGAGGUAAGAUUUUCAAUGACAGUCAUUAUGAAGUACGCAAUGUUGUUUUUAAAUGCGUAUGAUGAGUAAUGGAUUAUUUUAUAUAAUAAAA